AUGAAGUUCUUCGUGUACGCCAUCGCUGCCACCGUCGCCAUCGUGACAGGCCAAACACUCAUGAGUCAGUCCCCCAUCGAUUUGCCUGUCUGCGCCAAGCCGGUGGCCAACACCGGCAACUUCUCCAUCGCGUUCAGCACGGCUUCGGCUGUGGUGUCGCAUGAGGGCACCACCGUCAGAGCCACUUGGUCGGCGGGCCCCCACUCGCAUUUGACCGUCAAUGGCAACGUGUACCAGUCGCUGCAACUGCACGGCCACGCCCCCAGCGAACACACUAUCGGGGGCAAGCAAUACCCGUUCGAAGUGCAUGUUUUGCACAGCGACAAGGACAACAACCUGGCUGUGGUGCAUACGCUGUCCAAGGCGCAAUUGAAGCAGUGGUCCAACGUCAUUCACCUCCCCAACGCUCGUGAAAUCCAAGACCUGAACGGACGCGUGGUGACACUGACCAGGGCCCAUUCGGUGUGCUAG